UGGAAGCUGAGCAAUCUCCUUUAACAUCAGUCUGUAUUUUUCAUUCUGUAUAGAGCAUGACAAAGAUAAGUACGCUGUUGUCAAAUUAAGUUUAGCUUUAGAAUUCUCUAAAUAUGCCAUACAAGCAUGCCAGAAUCGACAUCACUAUAAAUGUAAACAGAACACGCUUUUCAUUGACACUAAAGAUGACCUGAAGAAGUUCUGCUACGUUGUGCUUAACUCAUGUAAGAAACCAUAGUUUGAUUGUGAAACUGUUUUAGAAAGGAAACAUUAGGCACACAACGCACAGCGCAGCACAAGUGUCCCGGGAUGUCAGGUUUUAGGAUAGGACUCCCCGUUCCUUCGUUGCACCAGGGCCUCCUAAUCCGGCCCUGUUGAUAAGUAUUACCUAAUUACUUUUUACAUUAUGAUAUUGUACAGUGUUAAUAACUUUUUUAAAGGUCACAGGAUGAAUUGGAAUAAGUAUCCCACUCUAGAAAUAAUUAACGAAUAUUUAAAUUUCUUAACGAAAAAUUAUCCUUCUAUAUGUAAACAAGAAGUCAUUGGGCGAACAUUUGAAAACAACACUAUUACGAUGAUGAAAGUUUCCAACGGCAACCCGUCAAACAAGGCGAUCAUCUUAAACGCUGGGUCGCACGCUCGCGAAUGGAUCGCUAUCACUUCAGCGCUUGUCAUAUUGCGUGAAAUCGUAACGAAUUACGACGAACAACCGUCUUACAUGAAGGAUAAAGACUGGUACAUCAUCCCGCUUCUAAAUCCCGACGGCUUCAUGUACACACAGAAAACGAACCGGUUGUGGAGGAAAAAUCGAAGGCGCAGUAAGAUCUGUUAUGGCGUAGAUAUAAAUAGGAAUUUUAAUGUCUCCUGGUAUGUUAAAGGCAUAUCACAAACAUCAGAAUGCAAAAAUACUUAUAUCGGCCCUCAUCCAUUCUCCGAAAAAGAAAGCAUCGCUUUACGGGAUACAGUAUUGAAGUUAAAGGGUCGCCUGAACGCAGUUUUAGAUUUACAUUCAUAUGGCCAGAUUGUACUGCAUCCUUGGAGCGGCAAAUCCGAACCAACAGAUCACAAAUCAAUACACAACGCAACUGCAGCUGGUAUAAGUAGGGCACUUUAUCAACACAAGAAGAGCAAGUACAAGUACGGUCACACGUACCACGUCAUCUACCCAGCCACUGGUUCCGCGCUGGACUGGGUGUAUGCUAACGGGGUUGUGCACAGCUACGUGAUUGAAGGCCCCGACAAAGGCUACCACGGGUUCCUGAUGCCGCCCGAACAAAUCGAGCGAACGGGCAUGGAAAUGUUGGCAGCCGUCAAGUAUUUAGCGGAUGUUUUAAAAGAUCGGGAAACUGGAGAAGAGAAACGGAGCUCGUGGUUUUGAUAAAUAAUAAAUUGAUACGAGAAUAAAUCGUUGCAUAAGCGCUUCUUAUGUGUUUAUUUACUUUGACGUUAGAAAUAUGUUAUAUUUAACCG